CACAUAUUAUAUUAUAUGAAAUCACCUAAUCGAUUUGGGGGCUGAUUGGAAAACUUUUCGGGAUUUUCACUCUUAGUUUCUUCGUUUUGACAUUCUAGGGUUCUUUCAAAAGAUGGGAUUUAUCAUGGAAUUCGCUGAGAAUUUGAUUUUGAGGUUAAUGGAGGAUCCGAAGGAGAGGGAUCGCAAGUUCAGGGAGCACGUUUAUGCUGUAAAGGACCGAUGCAACAAGACGAAGGAGAUGUGGAGUUACCCUCUUCGCCCUUAUGGAUUCUGGACAUUCGAGCGCCACAAUUCUCAGCUCGCUUGGGAUGCUCAGAUUAGCCAGGUGCCGGGCCGGAGGGACCCCUAUGAUGACCUCCUCCAAGACAGCUAUGGCUCCCCUAAAUGAGCAUCGAGAGGGCUUAGUAACCGCUACCCAGUUUGAUAUGGAGAUUUCUUUUGAAGUAGAAUUGAAAGCUGCAUUGUUUGUAAUUUGUUUCCUGCAUAAUUUGUCAGCUGGUAUGUAAUAAUCUUGAAUAUUCCAGACUAGUUCACUUUUUUGAAUAAUCUGUCCAUUGUGACUUGUCUUGUGGAGUAAACCUGUGGUUUGGAGUAAAAUCUGUUAAGCGUGUAGACCA